UUGACAUUUCUUCAAGGAAUGCUUUUUUCCCUGAGACUAUCAACUUAUUAUGAAGAAUUUGGCACCCACUAUGAUUUAGUGUCUUGGCUUUUUAGUCCAGCAAGAAGUGAAAUAACAAGUCUAGAUAGUGGAAAUAUAGAUGACAUUUUAAACAAUGCAGAUGUUGCUUUAGUUAAUUUUUAUGCUGAUUGGUGCCGCUUCAGCCAAAUGCUGCAUCCUAUUUUUGAGGAAGCUUCUAACGUAAUUAAGGAAGAGUAUCCAGAUAAGAAUCAAGUGGUGUUUGCUAGAGUAGACUGUGAUCAGCAUUCUGAUAUAGCUCAGAGGUACAGGAUAAGCAAAUACCCAACUCUGAAACUCUUCCGGAAUGGCAUGAUGAUGAAGAGGGAAUACAGGGGCCAGAGAUCUGUGACAGCAAUAGCAGACUACAUCAGGCAGCAGAAGAGUAACCCCAUUCGGGAGGUCCAGGAUUUGGAAGAAAUUAGUUCUCUUGAUCGCAGCAGAAGGAAUAUUGUUGGAUACUUUGAGCAAAAGGACUCAGACAAUUACAGAACCUUUGAAAGAGUAGCAAAUAUUUUGCAUGACGAUUGUGUGUUCCUAUCUGCCUUUGGGGCUAUUUCAAAAGCAGAAAGAUUUAGCGGAGACAAUAUAAUCUACAAGCCACCAGGGGAAAAUGCUCCAGAUAUGGUGUAUUUAGGCUCGCUAACCAAUUUUGAUUUGGUUUAUGCAUGGACACAAGAUAAAUGUGUACCACUAGUUAGAGAAAUUACGUUUGAAAAUGGGGAGGAACUGACAGAAGAAGGCCUUCCUUUUCUCAUACUUUUCCAUAUGAAAGAUGACUUGGAGAGUUUAGAGAAAUUCCAACAGGAGGUUGCACGACAGUUAAUAGGUGAAAAAGGUACAAUAAACUUCCUCCAUGCUGACUGUGACAAAUUCAGGCACCCACUCCUGCACAUUCAGAAGACUCCAGCAGACUGUCCUGUCAUUGCCAUUGAUAGCUUUAGGCACAUGUAUGUCUUUCCAGACUUCAGUGACUUGUCAAUUCCAGGUAAACUGAAGCAAUUUGUACUAGACUUGCAUUCUGGAAAACUGCAUAGAGAGUUUCAUCAUGGCCCAGAUCCAACUGAUGUAGCACCUGGUCAGCCAAUUCAGGAUUUAGCAAGCAGCCCACCAGAAAGCUCAUUCCAGAAACUGGCACCCAGUGAACAUAGGUACACCUUAUUGAGGGAAAAAGAUGAACUUUAAAAACUUGAAAUAAUCUUGCAAGCCUUUCAGACAGCAGCGUUGACUUCUGUGUGGUGGAAAUAGUAAACCUAUAUUUUCAUAAUUCUAUGUGUAUUUUUAUUUUGAAUAAACUGAAAAAUAAUUUUUUCUCCCCAGGCUUGUAAAUACAUUUGUUUGGUGGGUCAUUCUGUACAGCAUCUUUCAAACAGUACAUUCUUAAUGCUAUCGUAAAAUAUCAGAGACCCAUCCAGACUCUUGAUCUAACUCUGUUCUGUAAAACUUUUAUAAUCCAAAUGAAGGUAUCCUUGCCAGAGACAUGCUGUUAACUUGCACUAUCCCAUUAAAUAGGACUUCUGGGUUGUUUUCUGUGUAACCUUGGUAGUAUGUGCUUUUUCUUCUUCUUCAUGUGAACAGCUAUCCUGGUAAUCUAUUUCUUUGUCACAUUUUUCUCCAACUUAAGAGGGUCUUCUAUUCUGGAUACUUGGGAGGGGAAUAAAUUAAAGUUUUACAGAA